AUGCCGGCGAAACGUCUGCGCAUGUACCAAGUCAACGAUCCAAUGAUGCCGCUCAUUUUGGAUAAUCUGGCACCUACCGUGUCUCCGACCUUGCGCAAUCGGAGUGAUGGUUAUAACCUGUUUGUAGAAAGGGUGAGAUAG